GCCGCAAAGUCAUUGUCCAUGAUGCAACCGGAGUGUUAGCAUCAAUUUUCGUUUCUUUCACUGCUUAUCUUAGUUUCCAGCGUUGGUGCUUUUAAAAGUACUGUUGCUUCUUUAUUAUACCUUUUUUAAGCUUCGGUGACACCGUUUCAAAAGGAUAAACGUUUUAUUAUCUUCCUGAUCUGUUUGUGUGAACCCAUUGUGUAUGACGUUAAUCGUUAAUUAUAUCGAGUGACAGAAAACUGUUCUUCAUUAUACGUACAAGAAAGCUGUAAGCGGGAAGAUCAAUUUACAUCAAAUACCGUUACGGAUUCAUCUACUGGUUGGAGAAAAAGAAACUAACGGGUGAAGUAAAACAGUGCUUGCUGAAGAAAAAUUGCAAAAAAGCAAUAGUUGUUUUUCCAACGAAGAACGGUUUGCAAGGAGGACCUACUGCAAGAACUUGUGGUAGUUUGUGAAUAGUGAUUGAAAAAAAAAUCGGAAACCACAUUUAUCAAAUUAAAGGAUUUGCUGAAAUUUGCCAUGAAAACGCGCAUAUCAAGGGAUAUGCUAGCAACAUUUUUACUGCUUUGCCUGGCAGUAAACUUUGCUGCCGGGCGAAUAGCAUUUGAAAAAUUAACGGAUUUUGAUUUCCAAGGCACGACCUACUAUAGUGUGAAAAAUCUUUCACUCUACGAGUGCCAAGGAUGGUGCCGCGAGGAGCCGGAUUGUCAAGCAGCCGCUUUUAGUUUUGUUGUCAAUCCUUUAACGCCCGCUCAAGAAACUUUGUGCCAGUUGCAAAAUGUUACAGCUGCCAACAAUCCUGCCAGUACACCACAAAGAUCUUCCAGCAUGUACUAUAUGGUGAAAUUACAGCUGCGGUCAGAAAACGCAUGCCAGCGGCCAUGGAAUUUCGAACGCGUUCCAAAUAAGAUUAUUCGGGGUCUAGAUAACGCACUAAUCUAUACCAGUACAAAGGAAGCAUGCCUUUCCGCGUGUUUAAACGAAAAACGGUUCAUUUGCCGCUCUGUGGAGUACGACUACAACAACAUGAAGUGUGUACUGAGCGAUUCCGAUAGAAGAACAACCGGACAAUUGGUUCAGCUAGUCGAUGCUCAGGGUGUUGAUUAUUUCGAAAACCUUUGUUUGAAACCAGGUCAAGCGUGCAAAUUCACUAGGGGCUUCCAGCUUCCACGCACGGGCGUCUCAGAAGAUAAAGUUUCGCAGUAUGUGGGACUACAUUACUACACGGACAAGGAGCUGCAAGUCACGUCAGAUUCGGCAUGCAAAUUAGCUUGUGAAAUUGAAACAGAGUUCCUGUGUCGAUCAUUCCUUUACAUGGGACAACCACUUGGAUCACAAUACAACUGCCGCCUGUACCAUCUCGAUCACAAAUCGUUGCCCGAUGGACCAUCGACUUACUUGAAUGGAGAACGUCCCCUGAUCGAUGUUGGAGAGCCAUUAGGAGCAUACUACGAAAAUACGUGUGAAAAGGCUGGACCAGGAGAAAACUCUCUGCCCGUAGUUUUUGAUGCCGCAGAGGAUCAUGCUAUCAACAACCUAACGAGAAACGAUGCUAACUGUGAUAAAACAGGAACGUGCUACGAUGUAUCUGUGCAUUGCAAAGACACGCGAAUUGCUGUGCAGGUGCGCACCAACAAGCCAUUCAAUGGUCGUAUCUAUGCUCUGGGACGAUCCGAAACUUGCAAUAUCGAUGUGAUCAAUUCGGAUGCCUUCCGAUUAGAUCUCACGAUGGGAGGACAAGACUGCAACACACAGAGUGCCACUGGUAUUUACAGUAACACUGUUGUUCUACAACACCACUCAGUCGUUAUGACUAAGGCAGAUAAAAUCUACAAAGUGAAAUGUACUUACGAUAUGAGUUCCAAGAACAUCUCCUUCGGAAUGCUGCCUAUUCGCGACCCUGAAAUGAUUCACAUCAAUUCAUCGCCAGAAGCACCGCCACCAAGGAUUCGUAUUCUGGAUGCCAGAAGCCGCGAAGUGGAAACUGUUCGUAUUGGAGAUCGUCUUACGUUCCGUAUUGAAAUUCCCGAAGACACUCCAUACGGUAUCUUUGCACGAUCAUGUGUUGCAAUGGCCAAGGACUCGAAGAGCACCUUCCAAAUCAUUGACGAUGAUGGAUGCCCAGUUGAUCCGAGUAUAUUCCCUGCAUUCACCCAAGACGGAAAUGCCUUGCAGUCGAUUUACGAAGCCUUCCGGUUCACUGAAAGCUACGGUGUCAUUUUCCAAUGUAACGUCAAGUACUGCUUGGGGCCAUGCGAACCAGCUGUGUGUGAAUGGGGCAGAGAUUCAGUAGAGUCCUGGGGCAGAAAACGUCGUUCGGUGACAAGAAAUGAAACCAACAUCGAGGAAGAGGAGGAAGAAAUGAAUAUUUCGCAAGAAAUUUUGGUCCUUGACUUCGGAGACGAGAAGAACCGAGACUUCUUACGAAGCGAAGCUAGCACGGAAUAUGGCAGGGAUAAAACCGUGACCAUAAUUGAACCAUGCCCGACCAAGACAUCAGUAUUAGCACUGGCUGUAACGUGCUCUUUAAUGGUUUUAGUCUACAUGUCGACGCUGUUCUGUUACUACAUGAAAAAGUGGAUUCAACCGCACAAAGUCAUGGCUUAAGACGACAAAUGGAUACAACGAUGGUAAUCACUCAGCAUUAGUCUAAUUUAUUUAUUGUGCUGUAAUAGUUUGAUAAGGGAGAGCUCUCCUU